AAAACAGAGCAUAGAACUUUUUUGCACCCCAUCAUCGCCAUCAAAAGCAGUCUACUGCAGCUGCCCAAAAGUUUUCGUCGAUUUAGGGAAUCUAGAACGUGUUUUCAUAGUUUUUGGUGCUUUGUAACGUGAGAAGUGAGGCACCGUUCGGAAGUGGACAGAAUUGCCGCAUUCGUUUACGCUUCCUGACUCGACUGCUGAAACCUGAAGGACUAGGGGAUCCUUGUGUGCGACGCUUGGCUUGUGUUCUGCAAUGUUCCACCAGUAUCGAAGCUUCCAGCAAAGCCAGAAGAAUCUGUGUGAGGAACAAUGAGCGAAACCGCAGCUGUGAAAGGCUCCCACCGAGCGAGCACUUCGAAUCGGAUGUCGUCCUGUCGGCAGCAAGCUCUCUACUAUGUAUUUGUUUACAUAUUCUGUCUGCAGAUUAUCACGACCAACACGCGUACCUCCACCCUGUGGAAGCUCAACUCGGAACAAGGGAAAAUCGUGAGCGUACCCACCGUCACGGGACGGGAUGAUUCCUUCGGGGGCUACGCGGUGGAAGAUUUGACCGAACGGGGUCAGGUGCCGUUCGCGGAUGAUGACAACGAGGAAUCAACCUUUGCAAUUAUUACCGCUGCAGCAGCGAACUAUCGGCACAACACCUGGAACAGGGGCGAGGGUACAACAGAAGAACUGUUGCGACGGCUGGAGGAAAAUCCUACGUUGAGCCCUCUUGCAUCAUCGUACAGCAAGUCGAAUAAAAAUGCCAGCAACGGCAACACGUUUCGGGCGUCCCCCGAGAGUACAUCAAGGUCUCAGGAGGAGGCGAAAGUUUCUGCGGAAGCAGAUUUGCUAACCUGUGGCAAGCCGGUGAACUUUACCCACUACGAUGAUCUAGUCGGUGUGGCCCAACGCUACGAGCACAACCCGUCGCCCGAGCCGGAAGUGGCAUAUUUGUUUCUGAAGCGCAAGGCAGGUCAGUCGUUGGAACAUUUUAACAUUGAUGCCCUCGAGCGUCGACUCCGGCGCGCUAAGAAGGAACAACCCCACACGAUCCAUCUGUGGAAUCAAAUCGGCAACUUUUGGCGCAUCAAGGGAAACGCUGGCCAUGCGAUCGAGUGCUUCCGACGGGCGCUAUCCGUGGCGCCCACCAACGCGGAUACCUUGCUGAACCUGGCCCGGGUUUUGUUUAAUUUGCAGUAUCUGGACGAUGCCAUUAGCCUCACAAAACGAUCACUGGAGGUUCAUCCACCGGAGCGCAGCGCCUGGCGACAGUACUUUACGUUGGGGGAAAUUUUCAAAGCGUACGGUCAGCUGUCAGAUUCGAUUCUGCAUCUGAAGCAGGCACUGGCGCUGCAUCCACAUUACGAGCCCAUUCGGCGACUAAUUGCCGAAGCGGAGAAAAUUGAGUUUGCCUCCAACACAACGCGGAUGCAAUUCUACACCGGGCUGAUCAUUGUGGUGCUGUCUCUGGUUGUUCUGAUGAUGGUCACCUUCACGCUCAAGACCAGAAACUCUAGUCACGGCCAUAACAACAAUUCGGCCAUUAGCAUUACGAGUCUUAUUGGAGUAGGAGGAGGAUCCACGGCUGGGGGCGACAGCUACGGCGAGGACACCAUCGGUAACGAUACCAACAAUAAUACCAAUAACAUAAAUGGUAGCAAUAAUAACAACAACAACAACGGUGGUGGUGGCGGCACUGGGCGCCUGAUGGGACCGCUUAUAAAUGGGCUUUCGCUGGCAGGUUUUCGGCCGGCUAAGCACUUUAAUCGGGCUCAGGCAAUGCGUUCCCUGCGAAGCGUUGCUUUUCGCUCGUUCCGACCGUUCCGGUAUCGCAAGUAGGUUAGCUUUUUUUGCCAGGCUCAUACGCAAGCACACAUUAUAUCCUAUACAUGCACGCGAGGAGGGAUGCGCUGCCCCCUUACGCUACCCCGUCUGCGAUCUACUAGAAGCGUACACCGAAAGAUACAAGUUAGUAAUUAGAACUUUCAAGCAGUCGCAGCUUAGAGCUUUGAUACUAUUAUUUAUUGCUUAUCUUACGAUUUGUAAAAGUACAGGAAUCUAUUAUAUUUAAAAUAUUAGCGUUUUGCGUGUGGGAGGAGGAAAGCAACAGAAGAAUACUCCUCUGGAUAGUAAUAUAAUUUAAACCGGAUACGAAGCGCAACAGUACUUUAAGCCAGUCGAUAGACUGGCAUUACGAUGAGAUUCAGCUUAUAUUUAGCUUGCAAACUUUCGCUUACAGGACAAACUUUAUCGUGUAAGCUUUUAACUAAAACUUUGCGUUUUUUUAUAUAUGCAUGUUUUUUUUGCGAACCAAACAAAAACAAACUGAACUCUCUGCUUUCGUGAAUUCAAUUGUGAUAGAAAAUAUUUUUUUUACAAUUUUAUGUCUUUCUUUUUAAAAUGAUUUGUUUUAAAAAUCUCUACCCCUACCUAGAGUUAGAAACUGCGAGAGCAAAUUAUGAAGAAUAAAACAAAACAAAACAGUACUUAGCGUAAACACAGUGAGAAAAUAAAUAAACGCAGAAUUACCUUAUAGCGUACAGAUAA